AAGAUUAUCUGUCUCUUCCCCACUGAUAAAAUAUAACUUGAAAGUUAUGCUUUUAAUAGAAAAUAUUUUUUCAAAAUGUGAUAAAGUCUAAUGUUUCUAUCAAUGAUGAGAAUGUUUCUACCAACUGAAUUAUUUAGCCAACAGUACUUCAUCAACACAAACAACUCAACCUUUACACAAUUUCAAUUUUAUUUAAAACUUUAUGUUUUCUACCUAUUACUUUCUUUAUUAUGUUCAUGAAUCUCAUGCUGGUUGCUAUGUUCAUGAGAAGGGAAAGUUUGCAAGGGCUUUGGCAUAAAUACGAACUAGACAUUACAUUUUGUGGUCGAGUAUGCACCAAUAUCAGCUAUAAUAAUGUUCAGACAAGUAACUAGAGGCUGCACAUAAGUUCUUGCAAAUGUAAUAAUUCUUAGUAACAAGACUAUGUUCACUACAAGAAAAAUGACCUUUGGUGACAGCCAUUUUUGAAUGUUUUACCUACAGACAACAAAAAUCGUCACUAAUUCUUAUUUUAAUAGUUUUAUUUAUUCAAUUUUACUUAUCUUUAUUAUUAUUAUUAUUAUUAUUAUUAUUAUUAUUAUUAUUAUUAUUAUUAUUAUUAUUAUUAUUAUUAUUAUUUUAAACUCAGAUCUCUCUCUUUUGACAAAAUGCGAAUAACCUUCUCCUAACGUGCCACUCGUCUCUCUCUUUCUCGUGCCGACAAAACGCAAAGAACUUUCACAUAAGCGCUUUUCCAAACGCGCUUUUUUCUCAAAUCGAUUCUCACGGAAGUUCUCCAAUGUUGCUUUUUCCCCAAAUCGUUCAAUCGCUCGACCCUAAAAUUGUUCAAUCGCUCAACCUCAAAAUCGUUCAAAUCGCGUAAACCUCAAAAUUGCUCGUCCUUAUUUCAAUCUCAACUCUUUUAGCUUCAACCUAAAUCACUUGAAUCGUAUCAAUUGCUCAAACCUUAACAAUCAGAUCUGAAUCGUUUCAACAUCAAAAUCAAUCAUUUGAAUUGCUCAAUCAUCAAAUCUUUUGUGUGAGCUCUGUUUAUCAUAUCAUGUUAUAGGAGUUGUAGUUAAAAUAAUUCAAUUUGAUGUUUUUCAUGCCUUUAAGGUCGAAGACAUCGCCAUUAUAUGCGCCUCGCGUCACCGACACAAAUCAGGUACUAUAAACUUUUAAAACUAGUUUAAACGUAUUUUUGAAUGUUUAUCUGACUAUUGAUUUCAUCUAAAAUUUGUUGUUUUUGUCACUAAUUUAUACUUGUUAUUGAAUUUGAGUUCAUGGUUAUGCGUUAGUUUUGUCAUGCUGAGGAAGACCGUUGUUAUUUUUCUAGUUGUGUAUUCAUUUAUUGUUGGUAAUUACUUGCAUUCACCAAUUUCGGUUUCCAAUUGCAUGUGUAUUUACUAAGGAAAUGGUUGUUGCUGCUUUCACUAUCAAUGUAGUUGAUGACCCCUGCACUUUGAGUAAAGUGUUGUACUUGAGACCCCUUGGAAAUGUUUAUGAGUGGAAUCUAGAUUUUGUAUAUUUACGUAAAGUUACGUAGCAGUAAAUUCAUUUCAACAUUACCUAUAUACUAAUGGAAUCUAGAUUUUGUUACUUCUGAUGAGUAUUUCUAAAGUUACAUUUUCUCCUUCCGCGGAAGCAAAGAUCCAUUCACGACGGAGACAAAUCCAAUGCAAUUCUCCAUUCAUAGUUUCAACUCAACUCAACUUACAAUACCUACAACUAUCUAGUAAAUCAAUUUUAUUCUAAAUAUGGUUUGGAGUUUGACAAGUCUUGGUUUUUGGUAUUGUUCUUUCUAUUAUACAGGCAAUUGGCACAAUCAACAUGGCUACUGAGUUAAUCCAAAAGUUGGGCAUUUUUUCCAUUGGAGAGCCACAAAAGUUUUCAAAAGAUGGUUACGAAGAACUGAUGCAAGCACUUUGUCCCCAAUUUAAAUAUGGGCGCUGCAAUCAUUGAAAGUUUGAGGAAGCACACAAAGGUAUGCAAGAAUGAAGGAAUCCCAUUUCGUGAAGUUGCUCCAUCAUGGUUAGAACAUGAAAUCUGGGAGGAAGCAUUCAUCACAAGUAGCUUGAGGAUUUUGCAACAUGUAGAGAGUAUUCAGGUUCCAACAGAAUGGCAAUCUGCCCAUUCUAAAACAUGGAAGGAUAUAUCAUGGACAAAAAAGCAAUUUCAGGGUGGACCUGGAAUGAUCACGAAUUUAAUCCAGGAAAAAGUUAUGGAGAAAGCAAUUUUGGAAGGGUACCCAAUGAGAAACAUAUGUACAAGGUUGCUGAAAGAUUUGUUGCUGCUAUUGAUGAAUCCGCAAAACCACCAUUUCAAAUGGGAUUCUUUAUUGAUUACAAUAUUGAUGAUAUACUAAGACAAGCAACUGAAUCUACUCUUAGGUAUCAAAGAGGGGAACCAAUCUCAGUGCUAGACGGAGUACCUAUUGCAAUAAAGGACGAGAUAGAUUGUUUACCGUAUCCAACAACGGGAGGUACGAAGUGGAUGCAUAAGGAAAGGCCUUGUAAAGACGAUGCAUGUUGUGUUAAGCGCUUAAGGCAAUGCGGUGCUAUACUUGUUGGGAAAUCCAAUAUGCACGAACUUGGGUCUGGAACUAGUGGGAUAAACCCACACUAUGGGAAAAUCUUGGUUGCAUUCGUAAGACUCUCGCUGACUUCACCAGCUUGAAUCACUGAGUAGUUAAUGUACUACUUCUGUCGGGUGGACUCCAUCAAAUGCUUUCGAGCCUGGUGGUUACAAAUCCUCUUGAUUAUGUUGAACCUUUGGGAAAAGCUUGUGCUUCUGGGUUUACACUAAAUAAAGCUGGUGCUUCUGGUACUUCGGGUGGACCGUUUCCCGUGGGUUUACACUAAAUAAAGUUGGUGCUUAUGUUGAAUCCUCUUGAAUAUUUAACUUGGUCAUUGAUUAGAUUCAUACAAAAUAGGGGUCUUUAUAGUUAUACUUAUUCAAACAAAAAAUAAGAAAAUGUAGUUGAAAUUCUUUGUUACUAUAUUGAAAUAUUUGAAUUUAAUUGAAAUUGAUAUUAAUAGUUUAAUUUUAAUAUUAAGUUAAUUUGUCAUAUUUAAAUUGAAAUAAUAGAAAAUGUAUCGUAAAUUUUUUUAUCGAGUAAUUGAAUUUUAAUAU